AUGGACAGGACGACUGCGGCAGCGGCGCGGGGUCGGGUUAGCCUGCGACGAAGAAGAGGGAAGAACGCCGGGGCACCGGGGCUCUACCCGGAGCUCGUCGCCCUCAAUGCCGUCCCCUCCCUCGUCGGCCUCCUCGGCCACGACAUCGCCGACAUUGCCGUCGACGUAGUCUCCCUCCACACCGACGCCGACAUCCUCGGCGACCACGACGACUCCGCGCACACCCUCGUCGCCGCCCUCGUCGACAACAACGCCCUCGAGCUUCUCAUCCAGAACCUCGCCCGCCUUUCCGAGGCCGAUCCCGACGAGGUUCUUCGCCCUCGCCGGUGA